UUGAGUUUGUGUGUUUUUAUAGAGAGUAUUUUGUAAGAGAGUUGUGUUGGGAAACACUUGUGUGAACCCUUCUUUGGAGUGAUCUUGUUAUUCUCUUUUGUUGUUUUGUACUCUCUUUUGUAUCGGUUGGUGCUAGUAAAUUUGCUUCUCUUUUGGUUGUGGAUAUAGAUCAAGUUGACCGAACCACGUUAACUCUUUGUCUUCUGUUAUCUUUGUUAUUGUCUUUAAUUAGCUACUUUGUCUAAUUCCGCACUAUCCUGGACUCCGGAUCCUAAUAACUUACUAAUUACUCCAUCAAUUUUAUCUCAUUUCAGUUUAUUAAUAUUAGCAAGUUUAAUUGGCAGAUUUAGCUAUAGAGUUGACAGAACGUUAUCGUGAUACGGCCAAAGCUGACCUAGGGCAAACUGCUUUGAUGGUACUUGCUGCGAAGGAAUUUGCACUCCUUCGUGGUGAUGGUUUAAACAGUUGGCAACGAUUACUCUUCCGUUAUGUUCCUACUUCCGAGGGUCAAAAAAGAAUACCGACUGACAUCAAAAACAUAAGCAAUGAACCACAAAUGUUUAAUGCAAAAAACUGCUGGCUUUCACCAAUUUGGGAACGGAUUUACUUCGGUGCUUUGAUCACGAAGUUGGGUGGCCUUCUAUUUGAUGUUCUUGAAAGAUUAGUGCCUCCUUUGAAACUCAUCCGAGACAAAAAGUCAAAAUAUUACAAUGCACUUAAGCUUGUCGAAUGCUUGUGCAAGAAAAUUGAAAGUUUGAGUUUCGUUGAAGUUCGUAGAAUUGUUGGUGCUCCUCUCCUUGCAGCUGCAAAAAAUGACAACUAUGAGCUUGUUGAAGCUGUCGUGAGAAAAUUUCCUUCACUGAUUUACGUAAGUGAUGUCGAAACUGGAAAGAGGAUAUUUGACUUUGCGGUAGAGCAUCGUUGUGAAAAUGUGUUUAACUUGGUCCAUCGGAUGAGUCAGCAUAGAGCCUUGUUUAUGGAUUCAUUAGACUUGUCUGGCAAUACUGUGCUGCAUUUGGCUGCAAAACUGGCGCCAAAAAAUAAAUUAAACCUUGUUCCUGGCGCGGCUCUUCAAAUGCAACGAGAAUUACAGUGGUUUAAGGAAGUAAACAAAUUUGUACCACUUUUUGAUCGGGAACACCGUAACGCAGAGAACAAAACGCCGAGUGUAGUAUUUACUGAGGAACAUGCCGAGUUGAAGAUAAAAGGAGAGGAAUGGAUGAAAGGUACAGCAAAUUCAUGCACAAUUGCGGCAGCACUCAUUACUACCAUUGCAUUUGCAGCAGCAAUUACAGUUCCAGGUGGCGACCAUGGCGAAACUGGACUCCCCAUUUUCGCCAAAAAUGGUGCUUUCAUCGUUUUUGCCAUCUCGAAUGCAGCGUCACUAUUCACUUCUACCACCUCUCUGUUGGUGUUUUUGUCCAUUUUGACUUCUCGUUAUGCAGAAGAAGAUUUCUUAUAUGCUUUGCCUAGAAGCCUGAUCCUGGGUCUGCUCACUCUAUUUCUCUCCAUAACACUCAUGACAGUUAGCUUCAGUGCCGCAGUGUAUAUUGUGCUCGGGCAGAAGAAAGCAUAUGUGCUUAUACCUGUAGCUGUAAUGGCUUGUUUACCUAUCAUGUCCUUCGUGCUUUUGCAGUCUCCACUCAUUGUUGCUUUGAUUUCUUCAACUUGGCGUGGCAUCUUUGGUAAGAAGAGUAACCGCCCAUUUUAUUGACGAAAUUAUUUAAAAUUGUUGCGAAGUAUUGUACUUUUAUCUCAGUUGGAAGACUAAACUGCAAAAGUCCAUGUUUGAGAUUCUUAAGAAUUAAAUUCAUAUAUCAAACAUUUUAUUUUAUUGAAUAGUGUUUUAA